AUUAAAUCCUUAUCCGAUCAGAUCGUCGGCCGUACUAUCUUCUUCUUCUUCUUUUCUCUCUCUUUACAAAGCCAAUUUACCGACGCCAUGGCUAAGAUCUCCUUCAAGUUAGAACACCCUCUUGAAAGGAGGCAGGCUGAAGCUGGACGCAUUAGAGAGAAAUACCCAGAUAGAAUUCCAGUUAUUGUGGAGAAAGCUGACAGAAGUGACAUUCCAGAUAUUGACAAGAAGAAAUAUUUGGUCCCUGCUGAUCUGACUGUUGGCCAAUUUGUCUAUGUUGUCCGCAAAAGGAUAAAGCUUAGCGCUGAAAAAGCUAUUUUUAUCUUUGUGAAGAACAUAUUGCCUCCAACUGCUGCCAUGAUGUCAACUGUAUAUGAGGAGAACAAGGAUGAAGAUGGUUUCCUUUACAUGACUUACAGUGGGGAGAACACAUUUGGAUCGUGCUGAUCGAAGCGAAACAAAAAAUAUGUAAAUAAAAUUUGGAAUAUAUGAUAUCCUUGUGCAGAAGAAACUUUUUUAUUUAGUUGGCAACAACUUUUUUAUUUAACACUUAUUGCUGUUCUAUUUGCUCCUUCCUAAACCCUAAGGUAUUUAGGUUUGUGUGGCAUUUUCAUUUGUCAUUAGUAUCUGCAACAGAACCCGAGUUCUAUAUUUGAUAACAAAGUCUCUACUGUUUUAUUAA